AUGACUCAGCUGCUGAGCAAUAUCAAAGGCAUUAUCAAUGCUUUCUACGUGUCCGCAAAGAAGGAUGAGGCCUGCCCCACGCUGAGCAAGGGGGAGCUGAGGCAGCUCAUCUGCCAGGAGUUUGCUGAUGUGACCGUGGUCCCCCAGGGUCUCCAGACCAUAGACAAGAUGCUGCAGCUGCUGGACACUGACAGUGAUGGCAGACUUGACUUCAAUGGGUUUCUCGUGCUGGUGUUCCAAGUGGCCAAGGCUUGUUACAGGGAAGUAAGCCAGGGUCAGCGACCCGGCCACGGUGGAAGCUCAGCAUCCCAGGGAGAAGCAAACUGUGGGGAGCACACACAGGAGCCUCAGACACCAGAGCGGGACCCAACCCCAUGUCAGGCUCCAGAGUUCCAGAUUUCAGAACGGGACCAGAGGCCCCAUCAGGCCCCCGAGCCUCAAACACCAGAGCAGGAUUUGAGUCCCCAUCAGGCCCCAGAGCCCCAGAUACCGGAGCAGGACCCGAGCCCCCAUCAGGCCCUAGAGCCUCAAACGCUGGAGCAGGACCCAAGCCCCCAUCAAGUGCUGGAACCCCAGAAACUGGAGCAGGACCUGAGCCCCCGUCAGGCCCUGGAGCCUCAAACACCAGAGAGGGACCUGAGCCCAUGUCAGGCUGCGGAGUUCCAGAUUUCAGAGCAGGACCUGAGCCCCCGUCAGGCCCUGGAGCCUCAAACACCAGAGCAGGACCCAAGUCCCCAUCAGGCCCCAGAGCCCCAGAAACCGGAGCAGGACCUGAGCGCCCAUCAGGCCCCCAAGCCUCAAACACCAGAGCAGGAUUCGAGUCCCUGUCAGGCCCCAGAGCCCCAGACACCAGAGCUGGACCCAAGCCCCCAUCAAGUGCUGGAACCCCAGACACAAGAGCAAGACCCACGCCUCUGUCAGGCCCCGGAGCCUCAAACACCAGAGCAGGAGUUAAGUCCCCGUCAGGCCUCAGAGCCCCAGAUGCCAGAGCGGGACCCAAGCCCCCAUCAGGACCUGGAACCCCAGACAUCAGAGCAGGACCUGAGCCAUAGCGAGACAGAACUUCCACCAACACAGCAGCGAAACCAAGGUGUUCAGGACCCAAGAGAACCUGCUGCAGGACAAGUAUCUAAAUCAUCUCAGGGCCUGUACUCCUGGCAUUAUCAGAAACCACUAUCCUUUCCUCACUGGUGGCCACCAAAGAAGUAG